AUGGACAAGAUAACAUCCACCGGAGUCCACAAAGUGGCAGUCCUUACUUCGCCCCAAGAAUCCGGUGCCAAACCAACCUUCUCCAUCCAAAAUUUGCCUAUUCCGGUUCCAGGCCCGAACGAGCUCCUUAUCCGUCUCUCUGUCACCUCCCUCUGUGGUUCGGAUUUGGGCAUGGCCCUUGGCCAUAUGGGACCCGUCGGGAACAUCCUCGGCCAUGAAGGGGUCGGCCGAAUCGCCGCCGUGGGAUCCAACGUGCAAUCGCUGGACCCGACAGUGGAGAUCGGGCAGCGGGUCGGAGUCGCCUGGACCCGGGAUAUCUGCGGCGUUUGCAAGUAUUGCGUGGAUCUCAGCAACGAGGGGGAGACGCGCUGUGCUGAAGCCCUGCAUUCGGGGAAGGCGUACCCGGGUACUUUUGCAGAGUAUACAAUCGUGCCGUUGCGAUAUCUCGCGCGUAUCCCCGCAGCCUUUGAUGAUGUCCCGGAUGAAGAGGUAGCGCCGAUUCUGUGCGGUGGUGUAACGGCGUAUAAGGCUAUCAAAGGCUGCCAUCUGACACCGGGACAAUGGAUGGUCGUUUCUGGAGCAGGUGGCGGUGUAGGGGCGCUAGCGGUUGCUUUUGGUAAUGCGAUGGGGUAUCGCGUUAUUGCUGUUGAUGCAGGAUCUGCCAAGGAGGCAUACUGCAAGUCUCAGGGCGCAGAGUACUACGUCGACGUUACCUCAGGCGGAGACGCGGGAAAGAAAGUCCACGAGUUGACUGAUGGACAAGGCGCCAAGGCUGUUGUUGUCACGGCCACAGCUGCUGCAGCUUACCAGAAGGCAUUUGAUAUGCUAGGGCCCUUCGGAACUUUAAUGUGUGUUUCCAUUCUUCCAGAGGACGCCAAGGUGAUGUUUCACCCAUUAUGGAUGAUCGAUCAUGGAUGGACAGUGAAAGGCUCGUCGGUAGGCACUCGGGCCGAUAUUCUCGAGGCGUUGGAGUUUGUGAAGCGGCGGGUAGUUAUCCCCAAGGUGAAGUCGGCUUCAUUGGAGGAGAUCGAGGGAUUGAUGUGGAAAAUGUCCAAAGGUCAACUCGAGGGCAAGUAUGUGAUACCGCUCUGA